AUGGGAAAGCCACAUGCAAUUCUCGUACCUUAUCCAGCACAAGACGCAUUGUCUGAAGAUGAUAAGUUGAAUGAUUUAGCAAGUCUUGUGUCAAUACCUGAUGGUUUGGAAGCAGGAGAUGAUAGAUUUGAGUUGGGUAAGCUAUCGGAUGCAAUCUUUCGAGUCAUGCCUGAAAAGCUUGAAGAGCUGAUUGAAGAACUUAAUGGAAAAGGAGAUGAUUGUGAGAAAGUUACAUGUAUUGUUGCUGACACGUGUAUGGGUUGGGCGUUUGGAAUUGCUCAAAAGAUGAAAAUAAGAAGUGUAGCUUUUUGGCCUGCUUCAGGUGUGGUUUUGGCCUCUUUGAUUUGCAUCCCAAAGUUGAUUGAAGAUGGAUAUAUAGAUAAAAAAGGGACUCUGAUGAAGAAACAAAUGGUUCAACUAUCACCAACAAUGCCUGCAAUAAGCUCUUCAGACUUCACAUGGCUUUCAAUUGGCGACUUAAAGACACAACAAAGUCUUUUUGACUUAAUACAAAAAGCCAAUGAGUUCAUGAAGCUUGCAGACUACUUAAUUUGCAAUUCAGCUUAUGAACUCGAGACUUCAACAUUUACUUCAUUUCCUGAUAUUUUACCAAUUGGCCCAUUAUUAGCAAGCAAUCGAGUAGCCAAACAGAUUGGCCAUUUUUGGAAAGAAGACUCCACGUGUCUGACAUGGCUUGACCAACAACCAAUAGGGUCAGUCAUCUAUGUCGCAUUUGGUAGUUUCACAGUUUUUGAUUCUAGACAGUUUGACGAGCUGGCAGUUGGACUUGAAAUGACGAAUAUGCCCUUCCUGUGGGUUGUGCGUCCCGACAUGUUUGAAGAUAUGAAAAACGAAGGGUUUGAUGAUAGAAUAAGCAAACGUGGGAAGAUCGUGGGGUGGGCCCCACAGCAGAAGGUUUUGAAUCAUCCUUCGGUGGGUUGCUUUGUGAGCCAUUGUGGUUGGAAUUCUGUGUUGGAAGGUGUUAGUAGUGGUUUACCGUUUAUGUGUUGGCCUUAUUUUGCUGAUCAGUUUAUCAAUCGGGUGUAUGUUUGUGAUGUUUGGAAGAUUGGAUUGGAGUUUGAUAAAGAUGAAAGUGGGAUCAUUACAAGAGAAGAAAUCAAGAAUAAACUCGAGAAGCUUCUAGAAGACGAUGAAUACAAGGUUAGGGCUGUGGAUCUUAAAGAAAUGGCUGCAGUGGCUGUUGGCAGAGGUGGCCACUCUGAUAAAAAUUUCAGCAGCUUCAUUGAUUGGAUAGAGGAGAGAGAUACUUAG